AUGAGUAACGGAGUUGGAAGAGCAGAACGUGAUGACCUUAAUCAGGGUCUUUCAGUGAACGGUCAAAAUGGAAUCAUUUCAUUAGACGGACGUAUACUUUCGGAGGAAGCAGAUGUUAGCCGAGUUGCUCGGUGUGGGUUUAGUGAGAUCGUAUCGCAGAUGGUUAACUCUAACUGUGGUGAGCUCCCAGAUAAUACACAACGAGCUUCCGUAGAGUCUACAAGCCUACCGGCAUCAAGUACUCAGGAGCGAUAUGGGGGGCAUGAGGCAGCAAAGCUAGCUUCUAACGUGGUUUCGGAAUCAACUAGCGAAGAUCCAUUAUUUCCGUACUUUCAGCCGUUUGGUAUGGACGUAGGUAAGGUGCCGGUUACUAGCCCUCCUAUUUUCCAGUCUUCAAUGGCAGCGUAUAACUCAGUCCCUACUAGGCGACGUGUUUCUCUCUCAAACGGUCAGAUUUGCCAAAUAGGCCAAUAUAUGGAUGACGAAGAUUUUAUUGGUAGAAUUUACGAUCUACAGCCUCCCCCGUUGCCUCAGAGACAGAGAGCAAGGCCUGCAACCAAAAUCCAAAUGCGGUCCUCGCUACAUGAUCACGCAAGACCCCAUCCCGUUGCAUCUCCCUCUUCGCAUCACAGCGAGUUCUCGGAAGGAUCCCAAGACUACCAGCAAACAGAAACACCUGAUAGCACUCUUGCAAAUAUUCCACAACAGCAGCAUAUUCAGCCUUUUGUUCAUGAUAUGGUUCCCGCUACACCGCAGGACGGAAUGAUGAGAGAUGCCUUAAGGCCGUCUAACAUCAGAUAUGAGCAGAACUCAAAAGUGCCCGGCACAGCUGCUUGGAAACGUGCACGUCUGCUGGAACGUAAUCGUAUUGCUGCCUCCAAAUGUAGACAAAGGAAGAAAAUUGUCCAGCAGCAGAUGCAAAAUGAAGUUGAUAAUCUGACCAAGGAGAACAGGGUGAUAAAGAGGAAGCUAGAAUAUUAUGAAAAGCUGGUGAAUAAGUUCAAGGUAUUUAUUGAACUCCAUAUGGAGUCAUGUGGCGGAAGUAAGGAUAACUUUAAAGUUGUCGAAGAACUACUAAAGAUUGAUCAUAAUUUUGAUGACGCUGACGAUUACACUACAUUUAGAGAAGACAAAAAUUACCCUACUAGCAAUAAAGGACCUUAG